AUGUUUUCCAUUAGCUCAACCUCCAUCUCGUCUGAUUCUGAUCAAUACGUUGAAUUUGAUCAUUUAGUUGACGAAUUUGUCACAACCCAUCUACCAACUUUGUUGUAUAACAACCAAACACAACCCCAAUCCGUAUCCGGUGUUGAAUGUGUUCCAGAGCGUAGAGGGGAUACGGAUAGAAGAGAUAGGGAAAAGGGGCAUGUUCAAUUAUUUAAUGAUUACUUUGCAAGUAAUCCAGUUUAUAGCGACAAACAAUUCCGGCGUAGAUUUCGAAUGCAACGACCUUUGUUUUGUAGGAUUAUGAACAAGGUGGUCGAGGGGGAUCAAUUCUUCCAGCAGCGUAGGAAUGCAGCUGGAAGGCUUGGUUUAUCACCGUUGCAGAAAUGCACCGCUGCGAUUAGAAUGUUGGCGUACGGUACCUGUCCAGAUGCGGUGGAUGAGUAUCUGCGCAUUGGCGAAACUACCUCCAGAUUGGCUUUGCAACAUUUUUGUCAAGGGGUUAUUACACAUUUUGAAGCUGAAUAUCUCAGAAGUCCCACCGACGAAGAUUUAAGGAGAAUCUUGCAUCAAAAUGAAAUGCGAGGUUUUCCCGGUAUGAUAGGUAGCAUUGACUGCAUGCAUUGGGAGUGGAAGAAUUGUCCUAUGGCUUGGAAAGCGUAA